UGCAUCAGAAACACAGGACUCUUUACUCGCGCCGUAGCACGUGUAAUUCGUACAUGCCUGCCAUUAACGGCGAGCAUUUCUGACACGGUAACAAAGAAAUAAUAUCGAACGAUUGAGGCCCAACGUAUGCUCGCUCGUGUGUCACGUUGUGUCGCGGCCGUAUAUCAUCUGUGAUGUGAUCUUGUGUCGUCGCACAAUACACUGCUGUGUCGUAUAUAAAAAUGCCAGCUUGCUGUGUGUCAACAUGUUUAAAACGCACAAAGAAAGGAAUAAAAAUUUUUAUGGCUCGUUUCCCAACGAAUCCAGAAAGAAGAGAUGUUUGGAUUGCUAACAUAGGCAAACAUAGACUAAGGAAUUGGAAAUCGACAAUAGAUCUGUUUGUAUGUGAAGUACAUUUUGCAAAUGAUAUGUGGGAAAAAGUACGCGAUGACGGGAAAAGAAAAUUAAAAGGCAACGCUGUGCCCACAAUUUUCCCUGCUCAAUUGGAAAUGAGCAGUGCAUCUAUUAGUACAAACGAAAAAACUAAUAAAUCUUCACAAAGGCAACCUGGUGCAUUUGAAACAUUUAAUGUUCAUGAAGACAAGCAGCAAGAGGACUGUCUCGGAGCAGAUGUUUCUGAUAUUAUACGCGAUGACGGGAAAAGAAAAUUAAAAGGCAACGCUGUGUCCACAAUUUUCCCUGCUCAAUUGGAAAUAAGCAGUGCAUCUAUUAGUACAAACGAAAAAACUAAUAAAUCUUCACAAAGGCAACCUGGUGCAUUUGAAACAUUUAAUGUUCAUGAAGACAAGCAGCAAGAGGACUGUCUCGGAGCAGAUGUUCCUGAUAUUAUUCCAUUGACAUCGAAUUCCUCUAUUCCUACCUAUUCAAGAGAAAUAAGCAACCAAGAACUUAAUGAAGUUGAACGAUUAAAGAAAGAGUUAAAAGAAGCCAAUAUAAAACUUAAUUUGGCCCAGAAAAUAAUUUUGAAAAGUAAUCGAUCCGUAUAUGUGUUAAAGAAGCAUAAUAAGAGGUUGACACAAAUGAAAAACAAUUCAAAAACCCAAAAUUAUUUGAGAUUGGAAUCAUCACUCAAGCAAUUGUUUAAUGACGAUCAAAUAAGAGCUCUCAUGCGUCCAUCCUCUCGCGGCCAUAUGUGGUCUAAUGAUACUAUUAAAAAAGCACUUCGAUUGAAGUAUGCAUGCGGUUCCAGUGGUUAUGAAGAAUUAUUGAAGCAAAAACACCCUCUACCGUGCGAACGUACACUUCAAAGAAAACUAGAAAGUAUCCAAUUUCGGGAAGGAAUUUGUGACGACAUUUUUUAAUUAUUAGAAGACAAAGUUACUCAAUUUAAAGACGUUAGAGAAAGAGAUUGCUCACUUGUACUGGACGAAAUGUCCAUUGUUCCAGGCCAACAAUUUGAUCCAUCCACACAGUCAUAUUAUGGAGCUGCAUCGUUUUGCACGCGUAAAGGUUUGCAUUUUAAUAACGAGUUUAAUUAGCAUUUGGUACUAUUGAAUUUUUUUGUAACAUUCUGAAAACUGCUAAUCGUACAUCUCAUUAAUGUAUUUUUUAAGAUUCAAAAAAUACACUAAUAAGAGAUGCAAGAACUCAUCGGGUGCUUAAUAAGCUGAUGAAAUACUACAUCCACCCAUUUUUUCUAUUUUGUGCAUAUAAUUCUAUUUGUGUUUCUAAUUCUAUUCUUUUGCAUCUUUUCAUGCAUGUAGGUGAAAGAGUUGAAGCUACGCAUGGUUUGAUUUUUGUGCUAGCAGGUCUUU